AUGGCUCCUUAUGAGGCUUUAUAUGGUAGAAAAUGCAGGUCCCCAUUGUGUUGGAAAGAGGUUGGUGAGAGAAAAUUGUUGGGAUCAGAAAUCAUUCAGAUGACAUUUGAGAAGAUUAAUCUGAUUCAUGAAAGGUUGCAAACAGCACAAAGUCGACAAAAGAGUUAUUAUGACAACUUGAGAAGGAAAGUAGAAUUUGAAGUUGGAGAUAUGGUAUUUUUGAAAGUCGCCCUAAUGAAGGGUGUGAUGAGAUUUGGGAAGAAGGGGAAGUUGAGUCCCAGAUUUGUUGGUCCAUUUGAGAUCCUAAAACGCAUUGGUAAAGUUGCCUACGAGUUGGCCUUACUGCCUACACUUGCAAGAGUGCAUAAUGUGUUUCAUGUUUCCAUGUUGAGGAAGUACAUCCCGAAUCCUUCACAUAUUUUGAACUAUGAGCCACUCAAGAUCAAAGACAACUUGACUUAUGAGGAAGUUUCAAUCCAAAUUCUUGACUGCAAGGAUCAAGUGCUAUGCACCAAGACCAUAUCAUUAGUUAAGGUCAUUUGGAAGAAUCACACAGUGGAGGAGGCAUCUUGGGAGCGAGAAGAUGAGAUGAAAUCAAAUUAUCCAGAGUUGUUCAUUAACGAAGUUGAACGUGAGACUUCAGCAGAUAUGGUUUCCUUUAGCUCUAAAUUUAGGGAGUUGAAUAUUCAAUGGCUAGACUUGUCCCAUGUUUGCAGGAAAGAGAAUGCUUGA